GAGCAACAUAUUGGUGUGAGGGAACAAGGAAAUUGACUCCGUCAAUUUCUUUUGUGAGAGGAAACAAAUUGACGUUCUUAAGGUCGAGCUGUUGACCUGCAGCCGUAGAUUUUAUAAGAUAUUUCAUUAUUAUACAAACUGUUUUUACAACACUGCGUCCAAAGUUACAGGUUUGAGUCCAUGCGCGAUUUUGUAGCAAAACUCGUUUUCCCAGGUAGCUUUGCGACUAGAACAACAAAGAUGGCGGCUCAGCUCAGGGUAACUUGACGUGAUGUGACUUGUUAAACGUACAACCGAUGCUCUAGAGCAGCCAACGGCUCGCACAGCACUGCAGAAAAGCCGCCACUGCGGAGCGACACCACAGCGAAGUGUCCGCGUCGGCAGGUGAACAGCCACGAUGCCGUCUCCUAAAGCUAAGAACCCCGGCCGCGGCGGAGGCAGCCCGGUGCUCGGCAGCUCCAACGGCCGUUUCGAGUUCCUGUCCCUGACGAAGCCGACGAACCGCUCGUCUCCGCCGCACCUCCUCCAGCGCCAGGGCUCCGACCCGACCACCGCCCGGCUGCGAGCCUCGGAGAGCCCCGCUCGGCGCCGCGGCUCCAGCUCGUCCACGGGCUCGGCGGGCGGGCAGCCGGAGGAGGACGGCAUACGACUCAACCCGUCGCUGCUGCGCGUGGCGCUCAGCUCGCUGCUCGCCAUCGACCUGUGGCUGUCCAAGCGCCUGGGGGUGUGCGCCUGCGAGGACGCGUCCUGGGGCAGCGCGCGCCCGCUCAUGAAGCUGAUCGAGGUCACCGGGCACGGCAUCCCGUGGCUGGCCGGAGCCGCGUACUGCCUGUACAAGAGCGACAGCGCGGCGGGACAGGAAGUCAUGCUCAACCUCCUCAUGGGCCUGCUGCUGGACGUGCUCCUGGUUGCCAUCGUCAAGGCGGUGGUGCGCCGCCGCCGGCCGGCACACAACCGCAUGGACAUGUUUGCCACCUUUUCCGUCGACAGCUACUCCUUCCCGUCCGGCCACGCCACCCGCGCCGCCUUCUGCGGGCGCUUCCUGCUGGCUCACCUCGUGCUGGCCGCCCCGCUGAGGGUGCUGGUCCUGCUGUGGACCGGCGUGGUGGGGCUGAGCCGGGUGCUGCUGGGCAGGCACAACGUGACUGACGUGGUCUUUGGGUUCUGGAUGGGCUACUGCCAGUACAAUCUAGUGGAGAUGCUGUGGCUCUCGCCUCAGACCCUGCAAGGGCUGCUGGGACAGCUGGCUUAACCAUAAGGACCCAAUUUAGUCUCUUUGACCAAGCAAGAUAUUUUCCUGUAAAAGGAGCUCUGUAGUUGAUGCCACAUAAAUUUCAUUACAACAGAUCAGAGAGACAGAUCAGCCCUUGCACAGCUUCUUAAAUUCACCUACAAAUCCAAUAAUUUAUUGCUGGUGUUUUACUUUGAAAAGUAACCAGAUACUUGGAUCAGUAGUAGUUUUUAACUACGAAGAAAGAAGCGCAUUUGCCAUGACUUAACUCACACAUUGAACUGUGUGCAGUGCUAGCACUCUGCCUUCAACCUUCAUAGACUAGUAUCAUUACGUAGUUGGUAGAGUAGAUGUCAUUUAGUAUUUAAAACUGAAAUUGUGUGUGGAGAUUUAGGAGAUUCAUAGUCACUGUGAUGAGGCUGAAGUCCUAAUGAGGCAAUACUGAUUGAGACAAUAAUGGGCUUUAUAUUGGAAGGUGAUUAGCCAUACUUCAUAGCAUUUCAGUAACUAUCUACAACUGAGCUGUAAUAGAACGAGCCGCCCUCUUACUAAAUACAUUACUUUAAUAAGCACUUCAGCUCAUUUAGGAGGACCACAGACAUGCUGUUUACAGAAAACUAGUGAAUGUAUUAAUUUGUAAAACUAUUAAAUCACCAGGAAAGACUGUUUUAAUGCAUGUCAGCCUCCCUCAGUGUCCUGCAACAUGACCAGAUAUUUAUGUUCAGUGUGAACAUAAAGGGCCUAAUUCCAGACUAACUAAAUGUUUAUUUGAAUACAUUGUACAGUGAUCAGUCAUUUGUCAUGCGUUUCUAUAAUGCGCUCUACAAAUUCUCAGCUGGAGAUUCUCAGAGGCAAUAAUCUAUAAAGGGGUUUAAGAACCUCCUGUCGGUCAGCAGUAAAUCCUGUUCUGUUAGUUCAGUCGGCGACUGCUUCUACUGCAGCGUUUAUGUCCGAGUGUGGACUGGGUGUAAAUCACACGCUUGUCCUUUCAGCUACUUCUGUCUCACUGUCUGUUCACACACUGCCAGAAUCCAAGUCCUGUUGCAUGUGUGGUGAAGAUGCGUCUCAAGUAAAUGUAUUAUAUCUAUUAACAUGUUUGACAGGGAGAAUGUGUAAAUGUGGUGUUUUUACAAAUAUUCUAAUCGUGAGACAUUUGAAGUGGCCCAGUCCAGUUGCUCCAGAGCAGGUUCUGAAAUCUAUCAGAAUCACUCAUUGACCUCUCACGUGCUGUGUCUUCUUUCUGCAAUAACUGACCAAUGAUCUUUAUAGUGUGAGCGAUGACUCGGUCACUGAGCGAGAUAACGGCUUCCAACCUUUUCCUUUCUUUGAGUUCUUUCUGUAGCAAACCUGAAUAUGCUGGAUAGUGAACUUGGUGACCAAAUGAUUUUUUUCUAAUUAUUUCUUCUUAUGUUUAAACUUGAGGGAGAUGUUUGUUAUAAUCACUGCAAGCUGAAUAUAUUUUGCACUUUGCACAUGUGACCUUUUUCCCAAGGUUACAUAACAGCAACUUGAAGCAAGAGUUCAUUGUGUUUGCACUUGAAGAUGAAUCUACUCUGUUCUCGCACACAGCCAUACAUGAAGUCAGCUGCUGUAUCUGUCACUACACACGGUUUUGCCUGCUAUAUACUAUAACUCUUACUGUGUGUUUCCUGUAUAGAACAAUGCCUGUAACGUCAUGUGAUUACACUGUGGUAUGUGUAUUGAAUCUGAGUGUUCUUCAUUAUUCUGAGGAUUAUUACUGAAUGAACUGGUUGUAUAUUUGGUUUUUAAUUAAACAGGAAAGAAAACCUGAA